AUGGACUACUGGUCGAACGGCUUUAUCGUAUGCAAGCCUUCUAGGAAAUUAGUUGUCCUGGAAUGGCCUUCUGCGAACAUUUGUAGCAAAUUCAACAACUUCGCAACGGUUAUUCAAGGUCGUCAGGCUACACAAGGUUACCCACAAUAUCCAGCUGGUCAGUAUCCACCAAAUCCCUCUGCACCUCCUUAUACACAGCAGCCGUAUCCUCAGCAGCCUUAUCCUCAACAGCCAUACCCACCCGUACAGCAGCCACCUACUACUGUGGUGGUGCAAGAGCGACCACCUCCAAUAGUAGUUCAGCAGAGGCCUCCUGCAGUGGUUGUACAACAGACUCCUCCUCCAGUGGUGGUUCAAGAGAAAGUUGUGAUUAAGGAAAGUAGGCCUGGAGUGGGAGGCUUGGCUAUGGGAAUGGCCCUUGGCAUGGCAGCAGAAGCAGCCAUUGAGGGAAGUCACCAUCACCAUCACCAUCACCAUCGUAGGCAUCAUCAUGGACACCAUCAUGGGCAUCACCAUCACAGGUGGUGAAUUCAUGGAAAGAUGAUAUGUAAAUCUGAUUUAUCACAGCAGUAAUUACCUCCAGUAUAGAUGACAUCAAAUGGCAAUCCCUAUAAUGAUGGAGGCAUUCAAAAUAUUAUUUUUUAAUUAGAUAAAUUACUGUGACUGCUCAGAAUAUAAAUAAUUUGCAUGAAUAUCUAAAAGCAGGCUAUAGCUAGUACUAUUUCUUUUGUAUUUAAAAGAAAAUUAUUGAAUUGAUUAAUAGAAAUAACUUAUGUUUUAAUGGAAACUAAUUGGAAGACUAGUAUUAAAUACUGGGUACUCAGUAAUGUAUAUGAAGUUAUCAUUCUAAUAAAGACUUUCCCAUAUGUUG